AUGAACCUAUUGUCGAAAGCAGUGGGACCCAACGGGUAUCGCCCAGGUGGUGCCGCCGUCGCCCAGCAACAGCAGCAAUAUCCUCAGUCGCAGCACCACUCGCAUAACGACCACCCAUCUCACCGAAGAACAUCCUCAACGGCAGGUCAAGCGGCUCCCGGGCCACCAGGUGUGUCAGAGUACCCAUGGGGUACAUCACUGGAGGAGAGCUCUGCCCGUUCUAAUCGAUCCAUCAAUGAAAUAGGGACAUACAACCCAGGCACGAUAUUAUCAGUCAACGGCACGAACGUUCUUGUAGAGCGAUUUCUAGCGCAAGGCGGGUUUGCACACGUGUAUGUCGUAUCGGCGACGGGGAGCAAUGGGGAAUCACAGACGGCCGUCCUGAAAAGGGUCGCGUGCCCUGAUGCGGACGCGUUGAAGGAUGCCGAGCAUGAGAUUUCGUUUAUGCGCCAACUAAAAGGCCACAAAAACAUCGUAACCUACCUCGACUCCUCCGUCCAAAAACUGCGCACGGGUAUCUACGAAGUCUUCAUCCUCAUGGAACACUGCCGCGGUGGGCACCUCGUCGACUUCCUCAACACACGCCUUACAACCCGUCUCAGCGAACCCGAAGUCCUCCAUAUCUUCUCCGACAUAUGCGAGGGCGUCGCGCACAUGCACUACCUCUCCCCACCCAUCAUCCACCGCGACAUCAAGGUCGAGAACGUGCUUAUUGCGGAUAACAACGUGCAUAAGUUGUGUGACUUUGGGUCCGCGACGAUAAGGAGGAUCGAGCCUGGGACGUCGAUGGGGGCGCAGGAGAUUAGGCUGUUGGAGGAGGAGGUGGGGAAGUAUACCACGUUGCAGUAUCGGUCCCCGGAGCUGUGUGAUUUGUAUCAGAAGAAGGGGAUGACGGAGAAGAUGGAUAUGUGGGCACUAGGCGUCCUGCUGUACAAGCUGUGUUUCUUUACAACGCCCUUCGAAGACAGCGGCGCUCUCGCGAUCCUCAAUGUGCGCUACACCAUGCCAACGCACCCGGCCUACUCGCGCAAUCUCCUAGCAAUAAUCGAAUCGAUGCUGGUAGCAGACGUCCACGCCCGCGCAAACAUCUACCAGGUGUUUUCGGCUGUGUGUAGACUGAGAGGCGUU